AUGCUUUCAUUGAAUGAUAAUCAAUGUUUGAUUCUGACGCAUCGUCUAUGCGAAACAACUAGCGAACUUUAUGAAUUGUUGACCGAUUUACUGCAAACAUCAGCAUCAAGUAUUAAUGUGACUGUUGAUGAACAUAUCGAAGUAUCGUUUCCGGUGCAUUUUGGCAGUCGAAAUCGUGUGAAAGUUUGGUCAUUCAAAGUUCAACUUCCUCAUCUAUCUUCCACCGAAAUCGAUUCGAUUGGCGAGACUUCGCUUGAUCCACUAGAUUGGAACGAAACACGAUCUUUAGGUCAUCAAAUUAUGGAUGACAUGAUUGACUAUUUACGUGAUGUUCGUCUUCGGCCAGCUUGGCGACCGAUGCCUGCAUCAGUCAAGCAAAACAUCGCGAACAGUCCUCUUCCAUUGAAAGGUCAAUCGGCUUCGGAAGUUUACGAUGAAGUUCGCUCGAUUGCUCUUCCAUACGUUUUGGGUAACAUUCACCCCCAUUAUUGGGGAUAUGUUCAUGGGACUGGUUCACCGAUUGGAGCUUUAGCAGAGCUUAUUACUGGAACAAUGAACACAAUGUCAUGGGGAGGCCAUCAGGCUAGCGUCUAUUUAGAACGACAAGUCCUAUCUUGGCUCAAAGUGCUGAUGGGAUUUCCUAAUGACGAGACGUGUUCAGGUGUUCUCGCCUUACAAGAAAGUAUUGAUCCCAAUUCCGGAGGUUUUAUUGUCGGCUCAGCAGGUACUAUUGGCACUGGUGCCAUCGAUGAUCUACAAGGUUUAGCCGAUCUAUGUACUAGCCGUCCAAAUGAUCUCUGGUUUCACGUGGAUGGAGCCACUGGUGCAGUUCUUCGUUGUUCCACACGUUUUCGAUCAUCACUCGCCGGUAUGGAACGAGCUGACUCAUUAGCAUUCGAUUUGCAUAAAUGGCUUUUUGUUCCAUAUGAAUGCGGAUGUAUUCUUGUGCGUGAUGGUCAAUUACACCGAUCAGCUUUUGCUCAACCACCUCCAUCUUAUUUAGCUUUGAUGGAAGGUGGUAUAGCACCCAGUCACGGUGAAAUAUUCUUUGGUGAUUAUGCUUUGGAACUUUCACGCAAUAUGAAAGCGUUGAAGCACUGUAGAAACUCUAUGGAAGGGCAGAAUCAAAUAGCGUAG